AUGGGGUACUACCUUGCCGACGGAAUUUACCCAGAAUGGACCACGUUUGUGAAACCCAUUCUGUCGCCUAUCGACCGGAAGCGCCAACACUUCGUCGUGCAACAAGCGGCAGCUCGUAAGGAUGUGGAGCACACCUUCGGAGUCCUCCAGUCGCGGUUUCCCAUUGUCCGGGGGGCCACACGGUUAUGGGAUGAGGAAACUUUGUCCGCCAUCAUGACCGCAUGCAUAAUCAUGCACAACAUGAUUAUUGAAGAUGAGCGUGAAGACGACGAUGUGGAGUACGUGUACGAGGGAGCAGGUGACGACGUCCAGCCUUCUCACGAUGUGACCCCACCAUUGAUGGCCUUGAGCCAACGUUACAAUGCUAUUCGAUGCAAGCAGUACCAUGUUAAUCUCAGGGAAGACCUAGUCGAACACCUUUGGCAGUUACACGGAGGCGACUGA